UUUGCUAAAUAAGUCCAAAUUUUCUCUCAGAAAAACCCUCAAGUUGCCGUUCUCGCUAUUUCUCUCAGAUCCGUUGCCUCGCCUCUGCUCCACCGCCGCACCCAGUUCAUGCUCGCCUGAAGAUCGUUUUCCGUUGAAACUACUUCGUCGUUCCUGGUUGCUGAAACAUAGCUGGUAAUACCCUAUGGCAGAGACUCAAGAAAAUGAUAAGAAUAUCGAAAUAUGGAAAAUAAAGAAAUUGAUUAAGGCUCUAGAAUCUGCUAGAGGAAAUGGUACUAGCAUGAUCUCUCUUAUCAUUCCCCCGGGGGAUCAAAUAGCCCGGGUCACCAAAAUGCUGGCAGAAGAAUAUGGGACAGCUUCAAAUAUUAAAAGCAGGGUGAAUCGUCAGUCUGUGCUAGGUGCAAUCACUUCUGCUCAGCAGAGGCUUAAAUUGUAUAACAAAGUGCCCCCUAAUGGACUAGUGCUCUAUACUGGAACUAUAGUGACUGAUGAUGGAAAAGAGAGAAAGGUGACCUUUGACUUUGUGCCUUUUAAGCCAAUAAAUGCUUCUUUAUACCUUUGUGACAAUAAGUUCCAUACUGAACCAUUGACUCAGCUAUUAGAAUCUGACGAGAAGUUUGGCUUUAUUGUCAUGGAUGGAAAUGGGACUCUUUUUGGGACCUUAAGUGGUAACACUAGGGAGGUGCUUCACAAGUUCACAGUUGAUCUUCCAAAAAAACACGGAAGAGGUGGACAAUCUGCUCUUCGAUUCGCUCGUCUUCGAAUGGAGAAGCGGCACAACUAUGUAAGGAAGACUGCAGAGCUUGCUACACAAUUCUUUAUUAAUCCUGCUACCAGCCAGCCAAAUAUAUCUGGUCUAAUACUUGCUGGGUCAGCUGAUUUCAAGACUGAGCUGAGUCAAUCUGAUAUGUUUGAUCCUCGCCUGCAAGCCAAGAUACUAAAUGUGGUAGAUGUUUCCUAUGGUGGGGAAAAUGGUUUCAAUCAGGCCAUUGAGUUAUCUGCUGAAAUUCUGUCCAAUGUGAAGUUCAUUCAAGAGAAGCGGUUAAUAGGGAAAUUCUUUGAAGAGAUCAGUCAAGACUCCGGGAAAUAUGUUUUCGGAGUGGAUGACACAAUAAAAGCUUUGGAGAUGGGAGCUGUUGAAACACUGAUAGUGUGGGAAAACUUGGAUAUAAAUCGUUUCACUCUCAAAAACAGCAUAACAAAUGAGAUUGUCAUCAAAUUCUUGAACAAGGAUCAAGAGAAUGACCAGAGCAACUUCAAGGAUUCAGCCACAUCUGCAGAAUUGGAGGUUCAAGAGAAAAUGCCAUUGCUGGAGUGGUUUGCCAAUGAAUACAGAAACUUUGGCUGUUCACUUGAAUUUGUCACAAAUCGAUCCCAAGAAGGUUCACAGUUCUGCCGAGGAUUUGGUGGCAUUGGGGGAAUUCUUCGUUACCAGCUUGACAUGCGAUCUUUUGACGAGCCAUCUGAUGAAGGAGAACUUUUUGAGGAUUCAGAUUAAGAUGAAAGAUGCCCUGCUACAAGUAACAAGAUUUGAGAAUUCUGGCUGCUUUUAAGUUGUUGUGGCUCUAUGCUGCUUCUGAUUUUGUGCUUAUAUAUUACAUUGUGCACUUUCCCUGUCUCCAAAGUAAGGGUCUUAUCUUGCUAGUUCUGUGAACUUGUAUGCCUUGUAUGUGUCUUGUAACAUUAGAUGAGCUUAUCUUACAAAUCAAAUUUUCCUGCUACUACUAGCAAGUGACAAUAUCUGAAACUUUGUGAUUGUUGUGGGCCUGUGCUGCCUAUACGUUUGCGCUUAUCAUGUUACAAUGUUGGAUUCACACUUCUAUUUAA